AUGCCGGGUCACAACUGGUUUUCGUUACCCGACAGGAGAAUUCGCACUAAUAUUGGGAAAUGGAAGCCCUUUGGGAGAACCACCACGAUAAAACGAGGAAAAACAAUAAACAUCGGUACAAUGAAAACGUUCGAUUACGUAGACCAGGGGGAUCAUCAGACCGGGUGGGUUCAGCACGAGUAUGAGAGAAUCACAGAUAUCCCCGCUUUCGAAAGUGUCGUUGUGGUACACUUGUUUUUUGAUCCUGUACGCAAUAAUACACCACCGCCACAGCAGCAAGCAAAUCUGGCACAGAACAUUGCACAGAUUAAUGCAGGAAAUCUGGAACGAAGGUGUGAAUGGACAGAUAAUUUUAUCGAAGGGGAGAAUCAGAUUGACGAGGGACUGAAUCUUGGACUUCAUGGACAGAAUAACGAAUUUGAACAAAAUAUCGAGCUGAAUCAGUUUGUACAGCUUAUCCAGGGAGAGGGUAUUCAACUGGUGAAUGAUGGAUUUGAAGAUAACGUGGAACAAAAUGUAGAACAGGAUCAGAUUGUCGAAGGAGGUGAGCUCUUUGUUGAGGAUAUCCAUGUAGAGAUAAACGAAGCAGAUGAUCAUGGACUGAAUCAUAUUAUCGAAGGGGAGAAUCAGAUUGACGAUGUUGGACAGAAUUACGAAUUAGAAAUUGGGAUUCUUAACGAAGGAGAUGGUUUACAAGAGUAUCUCGAUCUGUUAGAUUGA